AUGAACAAGGAAUGUAGCGCCCUCAUCAAAAAGGACGUGCUGCUGAAGAAAAAAGAUCCAGGGAGCUUUCAUAUUCCAUGUGUCAUAGGGGAAACAAAAGUUGACAGAGGAUUUUGUGAUCUAGGAGCUAGCAUAAAUGUGAUACCUCUGUCUCUUAUGAAGAAGUUGCAAAUCAAUGAGCUGAGAGCCACAGGUGUAAUCAUACAAUUAGCUGAUAAAACUCAGAAGCAGGCUGUAGGAGUAGUUGAAAAUGUGUUGGUGAAAGUGAGAAACUACUUCCUCCCCACAGACUUUGUUAUUCUGGACAUGAAGGAAAGUUACCUCCAUCCCAUUAUUCUGGGGAGACCAUUUCUAGCCACUAGUCGAGCACUCAUUGAUGUAGAAAAAGGAGAGUUGAUACUGAGAAUACAUGAUGAGCAGCUCACUUUCUAG